AUAUUUUGGAAAUUUGAUCUUGUUUUGACAUUUUGGCAGUGUGAAAAUCAUGGCUUGUCGAAAAUUGCUUGGAAAUCUGGGAAAACUCCCUCGCGUGUCGGUGAGAGCCGCUUCUGGACAAACCACAGGAACCUCCUAUCUUGAGCCUGAUAGGGAAAAUGAGAAACUACCCACUCACACGGGACAGGUGUUUUCCGACGAUGACUACAGAAAUGUGAGAUUCACAAAUGCAACACGAUACGUGAACAAGAACUUUGCCAUCGAUUUGAUUGAUGAAGUGCCUCCGAAGGAGUGCACAGAGCGGGUUGUUUAUUGUGAUGGGGGCGCAGGACCUCUGGGACACCCAAAAGUCUACAUAAACUUGGACAAACCGGGCGCCCAUGCUUGUGGCUAUUGCGGUCUGCGCUUUGUCAAGAAGGAUCAUCACCAUUAGAGUGUCAGCAGUGGUGUUAGGAUCCUGAAACAAUAGUUUUCUUGUAAAAAUAUGGCUUAGAU